GAGACAGAGGACAAGAGACAGAGGACAGCCACCGGUUGCUCAAAGACACUCAAGCUUUCAAGGAGGGCACUGACAGCCUGCCUUAUGUGUGGCUCCUCUCAAGGCUUCACAGCCUCCUCUCAGUGCACCAAAGCCAUGUUAACCUCAGUAAGCUCACCGCAAAGCACAGGACCAUCGCAGCGUGCGACCCCCGAAACACAGGAUGCAGACAUGACAUCAUGGAGCGAGGCAAAAAUGGAAGAGAAGUGCACUUACAUCGUGAAGGACCAACUUCUUGAGGAAGUGUCUGAAAACAACAGCAAGACGCAAGCUGAGAGAUCCUUACCCAGAAACCUGGCCCUGAAGCGCUGCCACGGCUCUGCAGAGGUGCUCGGAGUGACCAGUAAGGAGCUGAUUCCUAAGGGAACACGUUUCGGCCCUCUGGUGGGGGAAAGCUACACCAAUGAAAUGUUGCUGAAAGAUGCUGACAGGAAGUACUUCUGGAGGGUCUUCUCGGAGGGGCAUUUACACCACAUCCUGGAUGGUUUGAACGAGGAGAGGAGCAACUGGAUGCGUUACGUCAACCCGGCCUGUUCUGUGGAGGAGCAGAACCUGGUUGCCUGCCAGAGCGGUUUGGAAAUCUACUUCCACACAAUCAAACCACUUCAGCCGGGCCAGGAGCUACUAGUGUGGUACUGCUCUGAAUUUGCACAUCGCUGCAACUACCCUCCACUGGGCCAGCUGGCUAUUAAGAAUAUUGAAGGGAGUCAAGCACAGGAGAGGAUGACAGGGAAACGAGGACACAGCGUCUCUGAAAUCCUCCGAGACGAGCCUUCCAAAUCCUCGCCUACCUGCCACAGACGUCUGGAUAGUCCCUUGUCUCGGACCAACCUCGCAGCAGUUUUUCCCCCUCGUCCCCGUGUUGUGUACCCAAUCCAGCCCCACUCAGAAUCCAUCCAUGGCCAUGGAUAUGCAACUCUACCACCUCUGCCGUCCUGCAGCCCUCCAGCUGACAAAAGACCCGCUCUAAGUGGUCCUGUUCCCUCCAGUUUGCACUUCACCCUACAGCACAGUCAAGUUCCUGUUAUAGCCAAACAUUACCAAGAGCCUGCUGUGCAUGAUCGGGUUCAUCCUGCUCUGAGGCAUUCUCCCUAUCUGCUGCCUCACUACUCACUCGGCCUUAACAGCAUUCUACCUCACUCAUACCCGUACUACAGAGAUCGACUGAAACCUCACUUAACACUCUCAUCCAAUUUGCUGCCUUUUGACGGCUAUGCACACUUCCGUCAUCCUCUGGCCAACGGACACAGAGACAUGACACAUGCACUAUCCGACACCAAACAAGACCUCAUUCAUUCACCAACCAGUGUGCACAGAGACAACAAGGACCUCAUAUCCGAAAGGACAAACUACCUCAGGUUCCCCUCAGAUCACCUCAGAGAUUUCAAUCCAUCUCAUCCCAGCCAAGUCCACGCAGACCUCACAAUACAUGCCACAUCCGGCGCCUCAUCCAUGGUCCCCUCGAUCCGCAGAGCACUGCCCUCUCUUUCGCCUGGAGGACGCUCGCCACCAGUGGGCAUGGCCGCCUUGUCAGACUGCCUCCCUUCCAAACCCACCUCUGCCUCUGAGAGCAAUGCUGAGGAUGCAAUGGACCUCAGGAAGAUCAAACGAGGGGGGCACAUUGUCGGCUAUAAGACCCUGUCUUACCCCCUCUCCAGGCAGAAUGGAAAGAUCCGGUAUGAGUGCAACGUCUGUGGAAAGGUCUUUGGCCAGCUGUCCAACCUCAAGGUCCAUCUGCGAGUGCACAGUGGAGAGCGUCCCUUCAGGUGUCAGACCUGCAAUAAGAACUUCACUCAGCUGGCCCACCUGCAGAAACACUACCUGGUUCAUACUGGAGAGAAGCCACAUGAAUGCAAGAUAUGCCAUAAGCGAUUCAGUAGCACUAGUAACCUGAAGACCCACCAGCGGCUACACUCAGGUGAGAGGCCUUACCAGUGCAAGAUCUGCCCCGCUCGCUUCACUCAAUUCGUCCACCUCAAGCUCCACAAACGCCUCCACACUGGCGAGCGACCUCACAAGUGUCCUUGCUGCCCCUGUGCCUAUCUCCACUACUGCAGCCUCCAGGUGCACCUCCAAGGCUUCUGUCCGCUCUCCCCCUCGGCCUCCCACAGACACUCGCCGGAGGAGCUACACCAGGUCAACGCAGAGAUCGAACGGUUCGACAUGAGCGAGGCGGCCGAGCAGCUCGAGGCCAUGGCUGAAGAGGCCGAGAUGGACAAGGGGAAUGUAACCGACCUAAUAAAGAAGAUGGAGACUCAUGCCUCUGGCCACCACGAUGGCGAACAAGGGGAGACCGAGCUGAGCAACAACAAUUUGCCAAAAGAGUGUUCUUCUGAUCUGCCUUUACCUCUGCAUUCAACCAGCAUCAAGCUGGAGUCAGGCUGCAUAUCAGAGCCCUAAAACAGCCUUACUAAUCCAGCCAUAUAAUCCUUACAGGUCAACUCAGCAGCUGUCUGUUACUGGCCUAUUUGAAGUAAAGCCUUAUCUCAAUCAUGGAUUGCCUUGCCUAUACUCUACACAAGCUGUAGCAUGUGAAGAAUCAAGACUUUACCAGCAUGGCCUGGGACCAGUGACUUGAUUGACUUAAUGUAUACUCUUUGUUAAUUUAUU